AUGGAGUGUGCAAGUCGUGGCCUUGCGUUCUUCAGCUAUCAGGCAUCGCAGGAAAUUAUCUAUCAGGAACACCUUGCAAAGAACCUUACCGAGAGGUACACGAAUUUAAGCCAGCAAAUGGACCAGCUCAUUCAUGACGCGAAUUCUCAGAUCAAGGUGCUGCAGGACAAGAUGCAAGCAAUGCAAGCCGAGCAGGCGUCCCUCGAGCAGAAGAACCACGAGCUUGUCGAGGCAUUUCAACAGAAGAGUCGUGCUCAACAACAAGUCCAGAAGCUCUACCAAUCUCUAAAGGCACAGGUCAUGGCGUCUCAUGUAGCAAAUGCUGCCGGGGAAGAGGCCAGCAUUUCACUCCACACCGCAAGGAGUGACCGCUUCAUCGAUCGGAUUCCAGGAACAAGGGCAGGGACGGCAAACUUCAGCCAGCCUAGCAAUCCCCAGCAAGCUAGAGCUGGCAGACAACACAACAUGGAUGGAAGUAGAAGUUCUGACAGCGGUGGCGCCCAAAGGGGAGGCAUUAAUCUCGGUCCUGCAUGGAACUCUCAGGUGCAAGGCCAAGGUCUUGGAAGUAGAGGCUACACCGGUCGUAAGUCUACUCUUCCAUAA